CCUGUACAAGGAGGCCAUGAUGGAGGAGCACCAGCCUCUUAUAUCACAAGAAAAUCCCUCUGAGGAAAACUUCAUGUUAUCAAUAAAUUAUAACGUAGAAGAUGAAGAUAUCAUGUUGCUCUCUUCAGGAAAAAGCCUCAUUACCCUGAAUGUACAUCCAGGACCACACAGUACAGAUGAAUCACAUAAUCCUCCAAAUCAUGAAGAACUUUCUCCUGACGGAUCACAGAAUGUUACCACGCAUACAGGUCAGAAAGAGGAUAAAAAAUGUCAAUCUCGUACUGGGGUGAAGCGAUUCUCCUGUUCAGAAUGUGGAAAGUGCUUUACAAAGAGACAGACUCUUGUGAUACAUGAACGAAGUCAUACAGGAGAGAAACCAUAUUCAUGUUCAGAGUGUGGCAAGUGCUUUACAAGGAAACCAUCUCUUGUGAUACAUGAGAGAAGUCACACAGGAGAGAAACCGUAUUCAUGUUCAGAAUGUGGAAAGUGCUUUGUUAUUAAAGCCAAACUUAAGGAUCAUCAGAGAAUUCACUCUGGGGAAAAACCGUAUUCAUGUCCACAAUGUGGGAAAUGUUUUACAAAGAAAUCUAAUCUUGAUAGGCAUGAGAGAAUUCACACAGGAGAGAAACCAUAUUCAUGUGCAGAAUGUGGGAAAUGUUUUGAUUUUCAAGCCAGUCUUAAAGACCAUCAGAGGAUUCAUACAGGAGAAAAAACAUAUUUGUGUUCAGAAUGUGGUAAAUAUUUUUUUAGUAAAGCCAGUCUUAAAUACCAUCAGAGAAGUCACCCAGAAUAUAAACCAUAUUCAUGUUCAGAAUGUACGAAGUGUUUUACAGAGAAAUCAAAUCUUGUUAGACAUCAGAGAAGUCACACAGGAGAGAAACCGUAUUCAUGUUCAGAAUGUGAAAAAUGUUUUAUUACUAAACCCAAACUUAGAGACCAUCAGAGAACUCACACGGGAGAAAAACCAUACACAUGUUCAGAAUGUCUGAAAUGUUUUAAUUUUAAAGCCACUCUUAAAGACCAUCAGAAAAUUCACACAGGAGAAAAACCAUAUUCAUGUUCAGAAUGUGGGAAAUGUUUUAUUAGGAAAGCCAGUCUUAAAGACCAUCAGAGGAGUCACACAGGAGAAAAACCAUACUCCUGUUCAGAAUGUGGGAAAUGUUUUAAUUUUAAAGCCACUCUUAAAGACCAUCAGAAAAUUCACACAGGAGAAAAACCAUAUUCAUGUUCAGAAUGUGGGAAAUGUUUUAUUAGUAAAGCCCGUCUUAAAUCGCAUCAGAUAAUUCACUCAGGAAGUAAACCGUAUUCAUGUCCAGAAUGUGGGAAAUGUUUUACAAAUAAACCAAAUCUUGAAAGACAUGAGAGAAGUCACACAGGAGAGAAACCAUAUUCGUGUUCAGAAUGUGGAAAAUGGUUCAUUACUAAACCCAAACUUAUAGAACAUCAGAGGAGUCACACAGGUGAUAAACCUUAUUCAUGUGCAGAAUGUGGGAAAAGUUUUGCUUUUAAAGCCAGUCUUAAAGAGCAUCAGAAAGUUCACACAGGAGAAAAACCAUAUUCAUGUUCAGAAUGCGAGAAAUGUUUUCUUAGUAAAGCUAGUCUUAAAGACCAUCAGAGGAGUCACACAGGAGAAAAACCAUAUUCAUGUUCUGAAUGCGGAGAACGUUUUUUUAGUAAAUCUAGUCUUAAAUACCAUCAGAGUAGUCACCCAGGAUAUAAACCAUAUUCAUGUCCAGAAUGUAUGAAGUGUUUUACAGAGAAAUCAAAUCUUGUUAGACAUCAGAGAAGUCACACAGGAGAGAAGCCGUAUUCAUGUUCAGAAUGUGGAAAGUGUUUUAUUACUAAACCCAAACUUAGAGACCAUCAGAGAAUUCACACAGGUGAAAAACCAUAUUCAUGUUCAGAAUGUGGGAAGUGUUUUAUUUUUCAAGCCAGUCUUAAAUACCAUCAGAGAAGUCACACAGGAGAGAAGCCUUUUUGAUGUUUAUUAUGUGGAAAAUGUUUUACAAGGAAAUACAAUUUUGCAUCUGAGAGAAUUCACACAAAGAAACCAUGUUCUUGUUUGAAAUGUAGGAAAUACAAAAUAACAAAAAAAAAGCUAAUUAAAAGAGCACCUCGGCCUUUUUACCGACAUUACAGCCGACAAGAGGGUUUAUUUCUGUGGUGGAAUUAUACUGGAUCUGCCAAAUGCCCAUAUUCAACUGUGAAAGAGAUCCAAGGAGUA